UAGAGGAAACAAUUUGGUGGUAGUAUUCCAAAAUGGAUUGGCACACUUUCUUCAUUGAGUAUUCUUAUCUUGAAAGAUAAUCAUUUUCAUGGUGAAGUUCCAGUUCAGUUAUGCAAGUUGGAUUCUUUAAGCAUCAUAGAUCUUUCUCAAAAUAUGUUUUCUGGUAUCAUCCCUUCUUGUUUGGGAAAUUUAACCCUUCCAAUGGAAACAAAUAAGACUCUAACUAAUGGGAGAACUAUUCCAAGUUUAACAGGGGACGGAUUCAUGAAAACAUUGGUAGAUUAUUCCAAUCCUUCCAGCUACAUAGAAGAAGUAAUAGAGUUCACAACAAAGAGUAGGUUCUUAUCGUACGAGGGAAACAUCCUUACAUAUAUGACCGGGAUUGAUUUAUCUUGCAACAACUUAACUGGUCAUAUCCCACCAGAAUUAGGGAACUUAAGUGAAAUCUAUUCUUUAAACUUGUCGCACAAUAAGUUGACAGGAGUUAUACCCUCAUCAUUCGCAAAACUUCAUCAAAUUGAGAGUUUGGACCUUUCUUACAACAAUUUGAGUGGUGAAAUCCCCAAUCAGUUGGUAGAGUUGAACUCUUUGGAGGUUUUCAGCGUGGCAUACAACAACUUGUCAGGUAGUAUUCCUGAAAAAGCUCAAUUUGGGACCUUUAUUGAAAACAGUUAUGAGGGAAAUCCUUUUCUUUGUGGAGCUAUAUUGCAUAAAAGUUGUUCCAAAACCGAUUCGCCAUCAACGAUAUCAGCUGUAUCAGAAGAUAAAGGAGAAGAUGGUUUGAUAGAGCUUGGUUUUCUCUCGUUGGGAAAUGCAUCACCACCUGUCGCUACUCAAAUGUGGGCAAGUUUCUUACUUAUCACAUUUUCAAGCGAUAUGUUUAGCUACUCAAAUUGUGAUUUGAUUUCCACACCUAAAUGUUUAAUUAUGCUAAGUUGAGCGAUAAUGAAUAUUUUGUUCAUUUUUGCAUUUUGAAUAAAAGCUCUUUUAUCUUA